UAAACAACUCCCGCUAGUGUGGGAGGGGGACGUGGCCGAAGUGCCCUUCCGCGCUGGCUCUUAAUUUUCCUUUAUCGAUUAGAAGAACCGAGCAAAGUGUCUGUCCCCGCAUCGCAUCAACAGCAUGCAGGAAAGCUCAAGAUGGAGCACACAGAAAGAGUACGAUAACAGCUGCGAAGCGGCAGGUGCAGGAUGAAACUCAUGGCCAACCGCGGAAAGUGUACUUCCGGCGCAACGGAGAUGAGUGAGCGGGUGAUAGUGUGAAAAGUGCAAAAAAGGAUAACCCAAAUCGAGUAGGCGUGUGGAAACCGUGGCCUACUUCCUACGCUACUUGCUCUGCUCCUCCAGCUCACCAGCUUUCCUUCUUGCUCCGUGCUCCAUCUAUUGUUUCUGUGUAAUUGGUGUCUGUGCGAAAGAGGUGCAAAAGAGAAGUGCUCUGUGGGCAGAUCGGUGAGUAAGUGUGACGAAGAAGGUAAAGGUGCCCAGGAAGAAAACGACAGUGUAUGUGGUCACCCCACGCAAGUACCAGCAGCAGCAGCAGUCGCGAUUCCUCUUGAGUUGAGGGCGCCGGAACCGGAAACGGGCGGGAGAAAGAGAAGCGCGACGGAACACGGAACGAGAAGAGCACAUUAAUCAUCGUGUGGGACGCGUGUGGCUUCGAGGAGACAAGCCUGCAGCAGGGCAUCGAGUGUCACCGCCACGAUGAAUGCCUCCGAUCAUGGAUUCAAUCCAGCGUUCAAUAUGGCCACCAUACGACAAGCUAUCAACGAAACGAUAGAACGAGUGCGCAUACCCACGCCUACCCGUCUGAGAGAUCUGAUCCGUCAGAUACGUGCGGCACGAACAGCGGCCGAGGAGCGGGCCGUCGUGAACCGCGAGUGUGCCUACAUCCGCAGCACCUUCCGCGAGGAGGACUCGGUAUGGCGGUGUCGCAACAUCGCCAAGUUGCUCUACAUCCACAUGCUGGGUUAUCCGGCACACUUUGGACAGCUCGAGUGCCUGAAGCUGACGGCGAGCCCCCGUUUCACUGACAAACGCAUAGGUUACCUGGGGGCUAUGCUGCUGUUAGACGAACGGCAGGAUGUUCAUCUGCUGAUUACCAACUGUCUCAAGAAUGACCUCAACAGUCCGACACAGUUCGUCGUGGGUUUAGCCCUCUGUACGCUCGGGGCAAUCGCAUCGCCCGAGAUGGCCCGUGAUUUGGCCGGCGAAGUAGAAAAGCUGAUGCGGUCACCGAACGCGUACAUCCGGAAAAAGGCGGCCCUGUGUGCGUUUCGCAUCAUCAAACGCGUACCCGAGUUGAUGGAAAUCUUUCUUCCUGCGACCCGAUCGCUGCUGAACGAGAAAAAUCAUGGUAUCCUAAUCGCUGGCGUUACGCUUAUCACGGAAAUGUGCGAAAAGAGUUCUGACACCUUGAAUCACUUCAAGAAGAUUGUGCCGAAUCUUGUGCGAAUUCUGAAGAAUCUGAUUCUCGCCGGAUACUCCCCGGAGCACGAUGUGAGCGGAGUGAGCGAUCCGUUCCUGCAGGUCAAGAUACUGCGUCUGUUGCGAAUUCUGGGUCACAACGAUCCGGAUGCAUCGGAAGCGAUGAACGAUAUCUUAGCCCAGGUGGCGACCAAUACGGAGACGAGCAAAAACGUGGGCAACACGAUUCUGUACGAGACGGUGCUCUCCAUCAUGGACAUCAAAUCGGAGGGAGGCUUGCGUGUACUAGCUGUUAACAUCCUUGGGCGGUUUCUGCUGAACAGUGACAAGAACAUCCGGUACGUGGCACUCAACACGCUGCUACGAACGGUGCACGCAGACAUCUCGGCCGUGCAGCGACAUCGCAGCACGAUACUGGAGUGCCUGAAGGAUCCGGACGUUUCGAUUCGACGCCGCGCGAUGGAGCUAUCGUUUGCGCUGAUCAACUCGCAAAACAUACGCAUAAUGUCGAAGGAGCUACUAGUGUUUCUCGAGAAGGCGGAUCCCGAGUUUAAGGCCCAGUGUAGCAGCCGGAUGGUGCACGUGGCCGAACGCUAUGCUACCUCCAUUCGCUGGCGGCUCGAUACGCUGCUGAGUGUGCUGAUAGCGGCUGGUAAUUACGUGCGCGAUGAUGUUGUCUCUUCGACGAUUCAUCUCAUUCUGAAUAGUCCACCGGAGGAACAGGCAUACAUUGGUCUGCGGUUGUGGAGCUCGGUCCACAAUGUCGCCAACUCGGAAGAAAAGCAACCGCUGUUGCAGGUGGCCGUGUGGACGAUCGGAGAAUACGGUGACUUGGUGCUCAGUUCCGAGCGUAUCGAAGAUGUUGAAAUUCCUGCAGAGCAUCAGCUCGUCGACAUCUAUCAGCGACUGCUGUGGUCGACUUCGGUUACGACGGCGACGAAACAGUACGCCCUAGUGUCACUGGCCAAGCUCAGCACACGCAUCCGUUCAAAGGAAGAAGAAACGCGCGUCAAACAAAUCAUUGAAGCGUUUGGUUCGCAUUUACACAUCGAUCUGCAGCAGCGUGGUGUCGAAUUUGCGCAACUGUUCCGCGAUUACAGCCACUUGCGGCCUGCCCUAUUGGAAAAGAUGCCGAAAAUUACGAAAUCCCUACCGAAUGGCACGGAGGAGGGAGGUGGUUCGUUCGAGGAUCAGCAGCAACCGAGCAUCGAUCUGAUCGAGGGCGGUGAUGAUGGUGAUUCGUCGCUUAGCCCCAUCACUCCUAAAGUUGGCUCCGAUUCGCGUGCCCUUCUCGAUCUACUCGGUGGUGGUGAUGAUCCGAUUGAUGGCCUAGGUUUAACGGCAACUCCGGCGGCUGAUGUACUAAUUUCUGGGCCGGCCACUAACGGAAAAUCGGGAGCUAGCUCGCUACCGAAUGCCGGUAACAACCAGGAUCUGCUCGAUUUGCUUGGCAGUUUGGAUAUGCCCGCAAAUACCCCACCGGCAGCCGUUAGUUCAUCGAUCGGAGCCGGUACACCGGCGCUUGGGAUAGGUCUGGAUCUGAACAGUCUCAAUGACAAUAGCAUUAAGAAUGGUCUCGUCUCGUCUACCACGACCACACCGAACACGCUGCUAGCAAACUCGUCUUCGUUUGGUGGGUUGGAUAAUCUGUUGAAUUCCAACCUCACUCCUGUGACUACUGUACCCUCGACAUUGCCACUGUCCGGGCUCGGAUCGCCGGUACUAACUGGCCUAGACGGUUUGGGGUCGCCCACAGCGCCGGCGGUAAUAGGCAAUGCGAAUAGCAAUAGCAAUAGUUUAUUUAGCGACUUUUCGGCCGCUGUUAUCAACAAUAAUGAUGAAAAUGCAAAAAUACUGACGGCACUGGACAAGAACGGUAUUUUGGUGCAACUGUCGGCGAAGAAUACGGCCGGUUCAUUACAAAUUCUCAUGACGGCCACCAAUAACUCGCUCACCACGCUCGAACAGUAUCUGUUUCAGGCUGCGGUGCCGAGAAGCUUCUCACUGCAGAUGCUUUCACCAUCCGGAUCAACGCUAGCACCGGGUGGUACGAUAACGCAAGAAAUGCGUGUCACCAGUACGGCCAAGGCAACACUGAGGAUGCGCCUUCGGAUAUCGUACCAAUCGGAUGGCAAUCCAGUACAGGAGCAAACAGAAGUAUCCGGUUUCCCGGAAGAGUCAACUGAAUGAAACUCAGAGCAGCAAAUUAUUAUUGCGUGUCAAACAUCAUCGCCAUUUACGAUCGGCGAUGGAACGGCGCUGGUGACGAUUUCCCGAGCACUGUACAUGUAGUUUCUCGGACACGGAAUCGAUGCUCGCUUCGGUCUUUGGUAUGCGAGUGUGUCCAAUAACGGAUUUUCUAAUGGUUUUUCUUUGUGGUAAUUUAUCUACUUAUUAACUUAUCUUGAAGCGUGAAAUCGUGAAACAGCAGAGUCGUCAGCUUUCGUUAGAUGAUAUACGGAGGAUGAUAGGCUGCUAGUCUUAACGAGGGUUUUGUUAGGAUAUUGCUUUUAAAAGACUCUUUUUAGAACUCAUUCGCCUACAUGGCAGUAACACUCAUCCCUAUAUUUUAGCAAAUUCCAUCCACUAUUGCCUCAUUCAUUGUUUUACUUUAAUCACGUGCUGUUCGGAAGCGGAGGGAAACAGAUAACGAUGAAAGGAUCUACCCCGAAAUGCAAUAUUAAUGCGUGUGGCUCAAAGGCAUUUCCAAACUUCGGCUACAAACAUCUCCUCUACCUUUCCGGGACCAACCAAGUCUCAACAUUAUUUUCUCUCUCCCAUUUCCCUACUGCCAUCAGCCAAUCGUUAUCCUUCCUUGUAUGGCGGGUAGAACGGUUUAACAAUAGAAAGCGCAGCGCAUCUUCUGUAGUCAAAUGCGUGUGUGGGAUGGCGUGUUCUAGUACACCAUCGGAUCAUGAUAAAUUGUACAUAUAUACAUAUAAAUACUGCUUAAAACCGGGAGCGCUCGCAAGCAGCAGAUAGAAAGACAUAUGAAAGCUAUGAAAAGUAUAGACAACAUAUGGAUAAAGAGAAUAGAUUGCAGAUUAUGGAAGGAAGAGCGUGUGUAAAAGUUGUUUGUAUUAUUUUGAUAUGAUAACUAAUAGAAGCAUACCGCUUGUCCCGUUAGAUUGUGGUAAGUGUGGAUUUAGAGUUUACGACAACACAUCCUAAAAUGCGAACGCGGAUGUAGGUGUAGGGAAGCUUAGGCAAAAGAAAACGAAAGAACGGUACGGCGAUAACGACAGAGAAUGGUGAGAUAAUUAUCCUAAGGUUUAAGAAGAAAGUUAAACUAGAGACAACUAAACGAGAGCUCGAUACCGAGGAACCCACUAAAACCAACGUUACGAAAGUGACAGAGGAGGACCCUAGGAAUGAAGGGAGGGAAGUAAACCAGGGCUGCGUCCGUUCGAUGCCGCCUAGCGAUGACCUUUUGUCUGUCUGUCUAUCUCCCAGCUUCCAGUUUGCUUUCUCGGGUAUGCGUUUAUUAGAGGCAGGAUAGAAGUAGAUCCCGACAUCUCUGGUACACAGCACCAUCCAAACGGUGUUAUCCGUCCAAAAAAUAAACACUGAAAGGGAAACCCGAGAAAAGUGAUGGGAUUUAAAACUAACAAUUUUGUGUGGCACACACGAUGCGUGUAGCAAAAAAGAAGAAGAGGCACAGUCGGGAUAAGGGAAGGGAGGGAUACAAGCGUAAAACAAUAAAUAAUCAUACCCGAUAUUGCGAUCAUACGUUAACUCCAUCCGCCACACUUUAAUCCACUUACUUGUAAGACACUUCAUGAAUAAUAUAUUCCAAUAAGCGCGCGAAUAGUA